ACACAACAACCGACCCCCGGAAGCCUUCGCCAACUCAAAGAACUGAUUUCAAGCUUCAUUCGAUCCUUUGAUCAAUAUCUUUUCAAUCUUGUUAACAGACUUUGAUAGUCUUGAAACUCAAAAGCAACAGGAUUGCAAACCCCGCUCACUUCACCAUGACUGCUCUACCUGCCUCCUUUCAGCAUGCUAACAAGGUUGCUAUCGCCGCGGCUCUUGCUGAGAAUUCAGAAUCUAUUGGAGCAGACGUAGAACCUGGUGAAAUUCAAGAAGUAGAUAUGCAAGCGCAGGCAGACGACAUUCGCACCGUCUUCAGUCACCCUACCAGCUUCAAUGUAAAGCAUCCUCUAUACUCACCGUGGACCCUUUGGUUCGAUUCCCCUGCUACUAAAGGCCGUAACCUCCCCCAAACUCCCAUUUCUUCCUUCCCCCAAACUCCCGUUCCUCAGACUCCCAGUGCUGCAGCUGCACAAGGAUGGAUGGAGGAUAUAAAAAGAGUUGUCAGCUUCGACAGUGUUGAAGAGUUUUGGGGCCUCUACAAUCAUAUUGUACCUCCUUCACAGCUCCCCCAGAAAGCAAAUUACUACCUCUUCAAGGAGGGUAUCAUACCUGCAUGGGAAGAUGAAGCCAACAAGAAUGGAGGCAAGUGGAGUAUACAGCUGCCCAAAGAGAAGAAUCGCAGUCAGGUUGAUAAAAUGUGGCUUUACACUAUGCUUGCUGCUAUUGGUGAAACCUUCGAUCCCCAUCUUACAAGCGGGGAGGCAACUGAACCCAAUACUCAAUCGCUUAUCACCGGUGUGAUCGUAUCUACCCGACCGCAGUUCUACCGUUUAUCAAUUUGGACGCGCCUUGCGCCUUCUGGAGAUGAGGACAAGUUACGUGAACGCAUCGAGACAGUUGGACGGCACUUCAAGAUUAAUGUACUAGGCUAUCCCGAGACCCAAAAACUGGCCGGUCCUCUCGCAACCGAGGUUGAGUUCCUUUCGCACAAGGAUUCUGAGAAGAAGGGCAAGGCAGCGAAGAAGCUUGUCAUUUGAGUGGGUGCAUAAGUUUGCUAUUAUAUCGAUUGAGCAAAGUUAUAAAUAGAUUUGCUGGAUAUGCCUGAUUCAUUUGUAUGGUGUCCGGAUGAAUAUUCUCAUUUCAAGCUCGUGCUGCUGCUGCGAAUCGCGAUACACAAUAUUGAAAUCACUGUCCGUACCUGAAGCUGUGCAUUGCUGUGCAACCUUUGGCAGUGCAACUGCGUAACGCUGCGUGUGACGCAAUUGAUGUGACUGCGUAUUGUCUCCUGUAUAAAGACCCUAUGACAACAGCUCCAAACGCGAUUAAGUCUC